AUUUGUUUCGGAAUCAAUUAGAAAGUAAACAAAAUAGCGCCUGCAGCCUGCUGUAUUCGUUUACGUUCGGUGCAGUUGCACUAGGCAUUGUGAAACCCUAGAUCGCUGCAACACGAGCUACCGAGAGACCUUGAAACACGGGAUUCACGCACUGUGCCUGUGUAUUUCCUAUCCUGUCAACAAAAACUAUUAAAUCAUUAAAAAAUGAGUGCUGCUCUCUGAUGCCACCUUGUAGCUUUUUAUCCGGAUUCGAGUUUAUGACAGAUAGUAACUAGACAAACAACACAACAAUAAAGUUCCUAUUUUAACUGUGACACUUGCUUUAUUCACAUCAUGGCAACAGCUUCAAGAAUCCUGACAUACCCAGGGGAGUAUGAUGAUGUAAUCCCUGAAAACAUUUCUCUGGCAGAAUUCAUUCUCAACGAGAUUGAGCAAUUUGGUGAUGAUGUCUCCUCUACAAAUUCAGAAACCAUGGAGAACCUGACAUUUAGAGAGAUUGUCAACAACUCUAAAGCAUUGGCAGCUGGACUACAAACUCAGUUUGGGAUCCAUCCUAAAGAAAAUGUUGCCAUUGUUCUUCCAAGCUGCCUGGAGUACCCUGUUGCUGUCUUGGGGGUCAACUAUUGUGGCGCUGCUGCUACUCUUAUUAACCCCAGUCAAACAAUAAGUGAACUUAAGCAUGCAAUCAAACUUGCAAAUCCUAAAGUGUGGAUUGCAACAGAAGAUUUCUUGGGAAAAUUCCAUGAAUUAUUUCCCAACGCCUCGCAAAGACCGCCGUUAGUUCUCCUGAAGAGCAAAACCAAAUACCCCGUGACCUGGGAAGGUGUGUUAGCCUUUGGGAUGGGGAAACCUGUUCAGAAACCAGUUAUCAACUCAAAGGAGGAUACUGCACUUAUCCUGUUUUCCAGCGGAACUACCGGAGUGCCUAAAGGAGUAUGCCUCACUCACGCCAAUUACAUAGCAGCUAGGAGGCAGAAUGUUGAGCUCACAAAAAACAUUCCAAGAAACCCCGAAGACCUUAACACCGUCAUGCUACCCCUCUAUCAUACUUUCGGAAUCAGCAGCAUCUUCGAUAACAUGGUCCGAGGAUUGCGGUUCAUUUUGGUGCCUCACUUCACGUUCAAGAACAUGCUGGAGGCUAUCCAAAAACAUAAAAUUUCCAUCAUGUCUGUCGUUCCAGCCAUCGCUACCCAACUUGUUAAGCAACCUGUUGAGAAACAUUACGAUUUGUCUUCCUUGCGGUUACUUUUUUCCGGUGCCGCUGCUCUCAGCAAAGAAAUCCAAGCUGGAUUGGUCGAAAAAUUCGGAUGCUUCGUCUUCCAAGGUUACGGAAUGACGGAAUCUACUCUGCGCACUCACAGCAACUUUAUCGGCUCCUCUCGCGAUGGAAGUAUCGGCACCGUUAUGCCAUUUUGCGAAUCGAUAGUGGUGGAUCCUGAUACUAAUAAGGCUUUAGGGCCCAACGAAGAGGGUGAAAUCUGUGUCAGAGGACCCUUGAUCAUGAAGGGUUACAUCGGUGAUGAAUCGGCCACCAAACACACAAUCGAUUCUCAAGGCUGGCUGCACACUGGCGAUAUUGGCUAUUACGAUGAAGAUGGCUUCUUCUUUAUCACCGACCGUAUGAAGGAACUCAUCAAGUACAAGGGAUUGCAGGUGUCUCCAACUGAGCUGGAACAGAUCCUGUUGACUCAUCCAGACAUUAUUGAAGCGGCCGUUGCACCCGUUCCAGAUGAGGCGGCAGGCGAACUACCCCGCGCCUAUGUCGUCAAGAGUCCUGGAUCUACAUUGACAGAGGAUGACGUCGCAAAAUUCGUCGCUGAUAAGGUUAGUGCGCACAAGCGGCUGCGCGGCGGUGUCGUUUUUAUCAAAGCCGUACCCAAAACAGCCACCGGCAAAAUCCUACGUCGUGAAUUGAAGAAGAUCAAGAGUAAACUCUAACAUUCGGUCAACGUCUAUUUCAGUAUGUGGCCUUAAAAAUCUAUGGACUAUUGGUGGAUGAGCCCUAGUCUGUUAAGUUACAGGAAAAAGUCGAAAUAUUAUUUUAACAUACCAAUGUUAUGAGGUGGUGAUGAUAUUCAAACAUACACUUAUUCUUGUGGAA